AUGAAGCUGAAGCUUUCUUUGGCGCAUUUAUAUAUAUUUGUGGUUCCCGCUUCUGCAUCAUUUUUUGACUCGUAUACAACACUCAUACCGAAGGGCAAGGCCAAUUUAGAAGUGCAGAAUGAGAGUGCCAACACACAGUGGACUUUGCGCCGAGCAGACCCGACUCAGUUGGGGGAGAACCUGGAUCUCGUUGACUUUAUCCAGUCACGAACAUUGCAGCAUGACCGGGUCUUUUCAAAUGCUCUUCAAGUACUCGAAUCGAUGAAGUCUUCGCCAUCUUGCAGUAAAAUCGCCGCCACGAAGCUCCUCACGUCUUGUCAAAGCUUAAAUGCGCCUGAGAAUUCGCAAGAGUCGGACAUCAUGACUACCCUCGAUCAGAUCAAAUCAAUCUACGCAGUCAGAUUAGCUUUAUGUGAGCUCACCGGAGCUGGCACGCCGAUUCCCACGGCUUGCUCACCGCUUCACAUCGCCACAAACAGGCCCAACACAGCAAAUUCUCCGAACAUUGAAGACAGCACAUCGUCGACUGUGCUUCAAAGUUGCCUCAAUACACUAGAAUCGAGACCCCAAUGGUGGACUAGUUACAGUAACAGCAGGCAAAAUGCCCUCGUGAUUUGUCAAGCAGCACGCAUUGAGGUGGAAAAAGAAGAAAUGCUCAACCUGCACCAGUCACUCGUCGAAAAUAUGGCAAACAUGAACAAGGGACUCCGGGAUGCUUUACGUAAUGCCAGCUUGGAAGGAGCCCGGCACAAAGCAUUUGUCGACGCAGUACGCGACUUGAGAGCUCAAACAGUGAGCGACCUUCAAGAAGACCAGAGUCGCGUUCGAGGUACAUUUGCGAACUUUUUUCGAGAGCUUGAAGCAACAGUAGGCUUCAGUAUAUCCAGAAUACUUUCACAACUGAAGGACGUGGAAUUGAAUUCUGCGAGCUUGAACGAGGAAAUUCGAGGUUCUACAAACGGCAUUAGCCAGUUACGCUCCGAUAUACGCGACCUCUACAACGAUGUCGAAUUACGGAAUUCUAGGUUUAGAGAUUCCUUUGAAAGGGACGUUCGGGACAUGGAGUCCAAUCACGAAUUGGCCCUAACUAUCCGAUCGUCCCUUGAUGACCUAGGACAGACAGUAUCUGGCGUUGACGGAGCUUUGGAAUGGUUAGUUGGGCGCUUUGCGACUAUUCAGCAACAAGAAAGCCAUCUAGCUGAGCGUCUUCACGCAUUCGAAGCUCAUUUGGAACAUUCAAAUGAUCAAGCAAAAGAGCUUCUUCAAACACAGACUUUGCACGCCGAAGCUAUUGCUACACAAGCCCGAGCCCAAGAGGCUUUGGGAUCCAGUACAAGGGUCGCGUAUGCAAUGGUUGACAGACUAACCACCCGCGCAACUCAACUUGAGACUGCACUGGAAGAGACGGCAGCUAGGUUUGACGACAUCUCGGCACUGAACAAUUUGUUUGGCAUAAAAAUCUCGGCCUGGACAAUUUCCUCUUUGCUGCUAUCCAUUAUUGCCGUCCAAAACCCUAGAUGGGUGAUGCCUCUUUUUGCUUUAGCAGGCCUCAGUCUACUUUACAGGGUUUCGUCGAAUUUUAUAGCAACCAUUAUUCCAUGGUAG